CCUCUGCCUGCUUCUGAAACCUUGGAAGUCGAAAUGCUUUCGGGACAUUCCCUCACAAACAUUGAGUAUGCAGACGAUCUUGCUCUCCUUGGUUCGGAUCCUUCUCAAAUGCAAACGGUUGUAAAUGACCUAAAUGACUCUGCCGUAUGGUUUGUCAUGCGCUUCACACCUGAAAAGUGCGAAGUACUGCUACAAGACCGGGUGGGAUCAAACCCAUACCUCAUGCUUGCAAGUGAACCAAUCGACGUGGUAAAUAAAUUUGCUCACCUGGGCAGCUGUAUAGGUUCCGGUAGGCUGGCUGGAGGUGAGAUUAUUUCUCGAAUCGGAAAGGCCGGGCAGCUUAUGCCAACCUCCGACACCUAUGGCACCGACGUGACUUUUGCAACCGUUGUAUAUAACAAGAAGACAGACGAACUCUAUGUGAUCCAUAAGAAACCACAAUUUCUUGGCCCGUGUUUCGCCGAGUCAGAGCCCGCUCCAGUGACGGAUACCCCAUUACCGGAUCGUGCAGCACUGACAAAUGCAUUUGGUUCGGCUAGACGACAGCGAAUUUUAAAGGAACGUGAGCGCCAUGCCGAUCAUCGUGUGGCCGUUUCCGAUGCAACCAUCAUCACAAAGGCCAUGCAUGGUCAAAAGCGACUGAAGCAGGAAGCUUCUGAGUCACAGAACGUCGAAUCAGGGACAGCUGAUGAGCGGACGCGCCUGUUACCACCAUUUAACGCGGACGCAUCACAUCCCAAAGAUGUUUAUCCGUUUGAAAAGCUCAUCCCCUCCCGCAUUUUGGAAGCGCUUGCUGCAGAGUCAGAAACGCUUGCCACAGCACCCGUGUCAUCCUAUCACACUUGGUCCCGAGAAGGAACAUACCCGAGAUGUGUACUUGAUCGACUUCUUCAACUAUCCUCGCUGAGUAAUUCAAACAAACCAGAGAAAGCUUCCGAAAACCGAAUGAAGAUCGCCCAGUGUCUUGCCUAUCUCAGUCAUAUGCUUGCGCUGUUCCGAUUACCUGGUUACGAUAUCCAGCGAAAACAACCUUUGCCUGACACGCCAUCCGCAGUGACUAAGCAUUUGUUGGACGAAUUCACGGCCCUAGUGAACCGCGGCGAAUCUGGUCGUCUAAAAAUCCGAUUAAAGCGGUAUUUCGUCUACAUGGGUUGCCAUGUCAACAAAGAGGACAUGAAGUUGGGAACAGACGUUACAACGCGACAACGAGCUUCACUGAAGACACCUGUAAAAUUCCCUCUUCCUUCCCUAAACAAAAUCCGCAAACAAACUAUUUUGGGCUGAUUUGGUCCAUAAAAUUGUUACAGUCUGAGGGUAAAGGACUUUGUUACUUCGAGUUAUUCUUGGGCUUUGUGAGACUAGUUGUUUAUGCUGACCUCAGGGACAUACUGCAUCACAAGGUUUGUAAAGCGUGUGUUCUAUUGUACCAGCCCCUCUUGAUGAGGUCAACUAUUAUCCAUACUCCGUGAACGACAUGUAUCAUUUUUAAACUGCUGCAACGGUACACGAGGCCAUUAAUGUGUGAGUUCUAACUUCCAAGAGGCACGCAUACGAUCAAUAUUUGUAACACAGCCCAUCUUGUAAGGCUGUCAUAUCUCCGUCGCACGAUCCAUGAGUGUCUUGUUACCUAUCGUGUUAGCUUCUAUGAUCCCCCAAACGCUUGACAUAUGUUGUUAGAAGGCACAAUUCGGUUUACCAAUAGGUUUUCAUAACGUGAUAUAAAAAGACAAGAGAAAAGCCAUAUUUAAUAAGAAUAAAAUGCCAGUCAAGCAACCAUCAGACGAAUGUGUUUUCUGCGUAUGCAUCCGAAAGUUUGGGCUUCCAACCACUACCGGAAUGUGCUUUUGAUUUUGUUCCGUCCGUCCCGUCUGUCGGUUCUUCUAACUCGUAGUGUUCAUAUGAUACAUUGUCUGGCUCCGUGGGACUUAGGGCAUAUUCAGCGGGCCGAAACGUUGGAUACGGGAACUGAGAGGUCACCACGCUGAGCGGACUGUAGAACGAUGCAGAUGGGCCUCGAAUUGCCGCUGUAGGUAUUCUGGUCUCUGGGUUGACGGAUACACACUGGGGUCUGUGGUAUGCGUACGGAGCGAACUGGGCGUGAUCUGGCCUAUGCUGUCCAUUGUAAUACAUUUCGGUGAGGGUUGUGUUCAGUUUCGAGGGGUGGCAUAAUGGAUUUUCUGGAUUCAUUGACGGGUAUGCACAUAAUGCUG